AUGGCCCUUCCCGACACCCUCCUCGCGUUCCUCAUGACGCUCCUCUCAACAGCGCACGCCUUGAACGUCACCGUUCCCUCCGAGAUCAAAGCUGGCGUCGAGACGGAAAUCGAAAUCGGUUUCGACUACUGGAAACAGCCGUUCGUCUACGAGACCCUCCCCGGUCCAGUCUUUGAAGAGAUCGUGGCGGUAUGCCGCAAUCCAGUAGACGAAGACGUCGGCUGCGGCCAUGACAUGCUGUACGAGCACUACCAGCUAUUCCUGUACACCGAGGAAUGGAUGUACACCUGCUACCUAAGCGACUUCAUCCCAAUGGGCACGACCAAACCCAAAAUCACAAUCCCCAAAGACCUCGGCCCCUCCGAGUCCUACAAGAUAACAGCCAUGGCCUUCAACGGCUCCGAAAUCCAAACAAACUACUACGGCGUCGAAUCCUCCCCAGACUUCACCCUCACAAACACAGACAUCAAAGACUGGACGGCAUGGGAAUCCUACGGCGGCUGGCUGAAACCGUGGUACUCCCUCCCCUGCUCCUCGUACGGCUGCUUCCGCACCUGCGGCCUCAAAUUCGCAGACGAGCACGGCAACAAGAAGCAAGGCACGGGCGCGGGACUCUUCAACUGCCUCAACGAGUGCCCCGGUAUCCUCGCGGACUGGAACGACCCCGACUCGCAGUGGUCGUGGUAUAAAGCGUUCGACGGGCACGAAUGGUCGGGCGAAUCGACGGCCGUGACGACGAGCACGCCGAGCGCGGUGCCUAGUACUACGGGGUACGGGUAUCAGACGAUGGAUAAGCAGGAGACGACGUUGUACGGCACGCCGACGGCGCCGACGGUGUAUUCGUGGGAGAGUCUCUUGACGGCGAGGCCGACUGCGACGAGACAGGCUUCGGCGGGGAGGAGGAUGGCGAAACCGCCGGUGGCAGUGCCGAAGAAGACGAGCUAUGCGGGCCUCAUGGCGACGAUGAUCUUGACGUGCCUUGUUGCUUUUGGCAUUGGUUCUGUGCUUGGAUGGAUCUGGCCGGAUGCAUUGAGGCAAGAUGGAUGA